GAGAAAUGAUGGUUGAAUGAUGGGUUGCAGGUGAUUGAAAAAUCAUUACGUGAUGAUGGUUGGAAGCUAGUUGGAUUCGCAAGAAAGGUUGCGAGUUGCAUGUUUUCUGAAAAGUUGAUUGGCAAAUGAUGGGUGAAUGAUGGUGGCAGGUUGGCAGGGGACAAGACAAGCAAACCGCAAACAAUGUUGCGAAUCCCAUUAUUAUGGCAUGGGGAAUGAGCGCGUGGCAGUCAAUGAUAGCAGGGUUGUCCAUGGCGACCAAGGUGCCAUAUUCGAAGGUCGGAGAAGGUCCAUGCAUCUGAAGCGCAACAUUACCUUCGACCGUUUGAAGAAGAAAAUCCACGAAAGGUUGAAGCUGCAAAGGAACCAGAUGAUUUCUAGAGUCAGCUCUAGAUUUAUGACGACACCGAAUCCCAUUUUUUUUACGCAUUUUGAGAUAGUUGAUAAUGUCGAUGUGCAAGUCAUGAUGGAUGCAUUUAGUCAGCAGUCAUAUAUGGUUCAGCUGGAGCUGUAUGUUGAAGUUACUGAAGCUGGAAGUUCAUCAAUGCCAGUACCGACACCCACUGAAGACGGUGGUAGACAUGUUGUUGAUGAGGAGGUUCUUGCAGAACCAUAUACUGUGCCUUUUAGCGUCAUGAGUAUUGAAGAUACCAAUAUCGUCGCUCCUUCGGAUGUCGCAGUUAAUUUGGGCGAUGAUUAUGACUACCGCCUUGACAAUGAUAAUGUGGACGGUGAAGUCAUUCCUUCAGACGAUGACCACAAUGAAGAUGAAAGAAUGCAAGAAGGAGGUGACGAGUCUGACACAGACGAAGAGGGAGACCGACACGCUAAUCCUCAGCCUCAGAUGGCACCUCAUCCUGCUGAUCAACCGGCGGCACCAGUGAAUGUCAAUGUUGAAACCCAAGGCCACCCAAACACGGUCCCAUUCUGGAGUGCUUCUUCGCAUUACACAUAUAUUAACUGGGGUCACCCAGAUGAAGAAAGUGAUUUUUAUUCUGAAACGGAUGUGAAUGGAUCAUGGAAGAUUGGUGAUGACUUAUGUAAAGGUUUGAUUUUUGAAAACAAGCGUGCUGUACAGGAUGCCCUGUUACACUAUUGUCUUAGACUAAAUCAAACUUAUAAGAUGAGCGAAUCCAAGCCAGACUACUUUACUGCAAAGUGUCAGAAAUCCGUAGAUGGCUGCCCGUGGAGGAUAAGGGCACAUCUAUCCAAGAAAACUGGUAAAUGGACCAUAUCCAAAUGGGGGGGUUCGCAUACGUGCUUAAAUGCGAUGACUUCUCAAGACCACAAGAAGAUGACGUCAACCUUCAUGUCCAACUACAUUCUUGGCAUGGUAAGUGCCCAACCAACUAUCCCUAUUUCUCUCAUACAAGAGAGGAUCAGUGGUCAGCUCAAUUACAAGGUGUCAUACUUUAAAGCUUUGAAGGCGAAGCAAAAAGCACUUGCUCGCGUGUUCGGUGAUUGGGAGGAGUCUUACGACCUGCUCCCUAGGUGGUUGGAAUAUAUGUUGAGGUUUUCCCCUGGAUCCCAUUACGAGUUUGUCACGACUGACUAUGAGGACCAGUAUGACAAUGUUGUUCCUGAUUUCAAGAAAUUUGGUCGAGUGUUUUGGACGUACAAACAAUGUUGUGACGCAUUCAACUAUUGCAAGCCAAUGAUACAAAUUGAUGGCACAUUCCUGUACGGAAAGUAUAGUGGAACUUUGCUUAUUGCCACAACACAGGACGGGAACAAUAAUGUUUUGCCUUUAGCUUUUGCAAUUGUGGAGGGAGAAACACUCGGUGCUUGGACGUGGUUUCUUCGUCUGAUGCGUGUGCAUGUCACCAGGAAACAAGGGAUAUGUCUAAUAUCAGACAGACACGCCAACAUUCUCUCAGCAGUGGGGAAUCCAUCUAACGGGUGGCAGCCACCAAACGCUUAUCAUGUGUAUUGCAUUCGCCACGUUGCCAGCAAUUUCAACACCAGGUUUCACAACACAGCAGAAAAAUGA